AUGGGACUUUGUAUGUGUAACAUGAAAUAAAGGAAAGAAAAUUAAUAAAAAGAAGGGGAACUUGAUUAAAUAGUAAACAAAAUGAGAACUUCUCCUUACCCAGAAGAAAUUUUGAACAAGAGAAUAUCUAUAGAUGUUCCUUAUAAUGCCUAUAGAAAUCCAAUUUUAAAUCGUAGGUUAAAAGGAAGCGUCACCUUAACCAUUUCAUAAUGA